AGUCGUGAGAAGGAGCCGUCCCCCUUUUUUUUGUUGUUGGAUGAACUACUUUUAAUUAAUUUACUCCUUAUAUAUAUUGCAUCUAACGGUGUCGGUUUCUCACUCUUUAUAACCCGUAUUGUCAACUAAGAAGUGAUCCACUUUUCAAGCAAAGGUUGUUUGGAGACAUGAAUCCAGAAGACGUGGUUAUCAUUCUCAGUGAUGAUGAUGAUGAUGUGUCCAUCAACGACUCGGUCUACAUCGUCGAAGACAUCCAGAACAACGUAUACCCAGUAGAUCAGUCUAACUGCAGCAGGUCACAUGAUCCUGAAGGAGAAGAGGACCUGGUCGUGACCUUCUGUCAGAGAGGAGAGGUGCUGCCUCACGCACGCUAUGACUGUACCGCACACACCUUCACACCAACAGACAGUGAUGUAGGAGGACCAAUAGAAUCCAACCAGCUCUUCUGUCACCAGUGCUUCUGUUACGUCUGUGACAAGGUCGCCUCGGAGUGUUCUGUGUGGACUGUGUCAGGAGUGUGCCACUGCAACGCCCAUAAGAGGAGUGUGUUCUGGAGCAACAAGAGAGACAAGGUGGUUCUGGGAUACCUUCAGAUGUUUAACUUCAACCUGCUGGAGAUCGACAGCGACCUCCGACUGGCAGAGUCCUUACUGCUGCAGUUGGAGGAGGAGUUGUCCAAAGAGUACGCCUCCUUCCAGAGGGGCGUGGCUGUGAGGGGAUUGGCUGUCCAAUGUGCCUGUCACUGCCACACAGCCAAUCGUUUGGAAUGCGGGAACUGCCAUUCAAAUCACCUGCUGCUACUGGUCUACGAUUAUUCGCAGGUGUUUGAGUGUGUGUGCCGCUUCCUUGGACGUGCGGAGAGAGAGAGACCGAAAGCAGCAGCUGUUAUGAGACUUGGAGCAGCUCAACUCUUCAUUACACACUGUCAACCUCCUGGACCAGUGAUUUCCCAUCAUCUUGAGGCCAGGACAGCGGAGGCCCUGCCCUUGCUGCUAACCAGGUACACACACACACACACCAAAUCCCAUAUGGACCCCUACACCCUAAAGCACGUGGCGAUCUCAGGUAUUUGGGAUAGGGGAAUAGCUCCACCUUGCAUUCUGAUAAUCUUGGUAAGUUUCAACAUAUUGCUGAGACUCAUCAAAUUCUCUCAGACCUCCACAAGUGGUAUAGGGUGUAGGGUCUAGGAGUCCAUUUAGGACUGGGUAACACCAUAGGGUCUAGGAGUCCAUUUAGGACUGGGUAACACCAUAGGGUCUAGAGGUCCAUUUAGGACUG